AUGUACGAUAAUGCUGAUUCAACUGAAGUUGAGGACUUGUUUGCGUGCUUUGACAGCUUCAAUGCUCUCACUGACUUCGAAACGCAGUUACAAGCCCUCUAUGACAACGACGCUAACAUGAAUAUUGACUCGCAGUACUCAAAUUUAAGCGAAUGGGGCGACGUGCCUAUAUUUAAUACCAGCCCUUUUUCUGUCAGUUCACCCGAAGCAAACUCGAUUUCAACAGUCGGCUCUCCAAAUUCGUAUUGUGAAGAUAAUAUAUCGCUGCCUAAUCUAUCCCCGUCGUUAACAACGCUGAAUGAUACUUUUCCAGAGUUCCAAUAUUCUACGCUGGAAGAACCAUAUGAUCAGCAGUCGCACGAAUUGGGAGGACCAGUAGUGGAGAAUGUAAAGAAACGUCAGAAUGUGGAGGAUGAUUCUUUCCCGGCUGAUGAUAAUGAUGACGACGAAAAUACUAAAAAGAAGCGUAAAGCCACGAUGAAUACGAAGUAUAGGAAAUCGAAUAUUUCACCUAAAAUGGCGAAGAAGCAAUAUUAUAAGAGUGAAUGUAAUGAGAAUAACGCUACAAUGUCAUUUGUGGAUGGCGUGCAAGUUCCUCUUUGCGUCGAUGGGACCGCACUGCCUAAUGUACAGAGUAUUGUUGUACCGAACUCCCCGGUCUCUGGAAUCCCUCCCAAUUACAAUGCAAAUGCUUUGCUUGGGCUUGGACAAGGGAUAUGGUCAAGCGAUAUCUCCCCAGGAGUCUCUCCACAGCCGACUGGCUUCGUUCCUAUUUUCAACAAUGAUGUGUCCAGUGGUGUCCCUGAUAUGCCGUCUCAGUUCAAUGUAUCGCUGCUUGGCGGUAAAGUACCAAUACAAAGAAUAAAGUCAUCUACAUCGCAACCCCUCACGAAUACAACAGCGCAACCGACUAAACAACAGAAGAAGAUUGCUCACAAUGCUAUAGAACGUCGCUACAGAAAUAAUAUCAAUGACCGGAUUAACGAGCUAAAGAAUGUAGUUCCGGCCCUCAAUCAUCAUAAACAUAAGGAUACUAAAGAAAUUGAUGAUGAGGAGGAGGCAGAGGAAAUAGAUGGGAUUCCGGCCGCUACUAAAUUAAACAAGGCUACUAUAUUGAGAAAGGCUACUGAGUACAUUAUACAUUUGAGGAAGAUCAACCAGAGAUUCAAAGAGGAAAACGAGAAUUUGAAGAGGAUUCUGGAAGCCUUUCCCGGCGCUAUCGACCUCUACCAAGAGUAUAUCGAUAAUCGCAAUGAUCCUUCGACACCUGAAGAUAUAUCUCCACCUGCUUCCGAUCCACCAACACCAUCAACUUCAUCAAGCGCCGGCGCAGGGACCCGCAUGCUUAUGGCCAUCUUCAUGUGCAUGACAUUUUUUUCACCACCGUCCGACUACGGUCAACCUGCUCAUGGUGAUCAUGCGUCUAUGGUGCAUCAUCAUCACGAGGCACGUGUCUCAAGUGCACAUCCGAAUGGCAUGGCCAACAUUGCCAAAGCUAAUUCAGCCGGUUUCUUUUCCGGUGAUGGUAUAAUAACCAUCGAUAUAUGGUAUUUAAUCCGCUCCAUUACAUUUAUUAUGUUGAUGAUAUAUAUCCUACGGCCGUCAUUCCUUAACAAGUCUCGUCGAGUGCAAAAACCCAAACAACAUAUAGCUUCCGUCUUGGCUGCCAAAAACAAAGACGUCAGAACACAAUAUGUUUCUGUUACCGAACUCACAUCUUACGCCCCGAGCAAUUCGAUGGAAAUACUUUUCGGAAUUACGGUGGAAUCAUUCAAGUUCUUUAUAAGACGCGUUUUAGGAUGGGAUAUUACUGCUAGCCAAGAUAACGAAGAGAAAUUGUGGGAAGUCGCUUUGUGGAACAGACAGGGGGAACUAGAAUUGAGUGGAGGCAAUAACAAAGCUUCACGUUUUUCUGUUCUUUACGUUUGCCUACGUACUAUCAAUCUCUUCGAGACUACCUGCAUAACCAGAAAGUGUAUCAUCGCAAGCCCAUCCCGUAUAUAUAUCAACGCCGCAUUACAGAGUUAUAUCGGACUCCAGUCCAUGCCGUUCAUUGCUCAAAAGGUAGCUGCGCAUUUUUGGGGACGUGCAAUCAAAGAAAAGGGACGUGAUGGUCAUGAAGAUAAAUGGACGGAAAUUGCCUUGACAAUCAAGCAAGGAAGCAAUCUUUGGAAAGAUGCUAUGAAUCGCGUUUUCGAACAGGCUUUUAACCCGCAAAACGUAACCGAUGAUAUUACCAGAAGUGCGACCAUUCCCCUUACCCGAUUUUCAGACGCUCAAUCUCUGGCUCACCUCAAAGAUGCAUAUCUCAAAUUCAUUUCGCAAAACUAUGGAAAGAAGAAACUUCGAAAGAGCAAGGACCUUUUCGCUGACAUACUUGCCGUUACAACGCACACCUCUUCGACGCACUGGUAUGCGUUUGUUGGUAGUACAAUCGUCACCUUCUUGAACGGAGGUAAGCAGAUUGACGAUAAAUUGAUCAAUCAAUUAAGAGAGAAAUUUCCCAAGAGCGAAAAUACGAAUACGCAAGUAUUAGCAAGAGGGUUACUUUCCCAUGCGUUUUUGAUGUACGGCAAGAUUGAGGCAUCAGUUAGAUGUGCAGAGAAGGCGGCAAUCGCGUUGAAACGUCGAAAUGAAGACAGUUCAGAUGACAUGGUUGUAGAAGAAGAGACUGAAAUUAGUGCAUUGGAAAAAGAAGUUCAUGACUUGGCGGAAUUCUGCGUUGGUUGGAUCGUAUUGGAAGCAAGAGUGUUGGGAUGGAAAGCAAUCGAGAAUCUGUCCAAGGAAAACAAGUCGCUAAAGUUACCAGACGUGCUCGAUCCUGAAAUUUCCUUAAAGCCAGCGGUUUACGAAUGGUUAUUAUAUAUGCGCAGAUUAGUGAGCACAAAUACGUUUCGUAAUGUUGCGGAGGAGAUCCGCGAAGAAUCUCUAAAAAAGCUGCAUGCUUUGACUAGAUUAAUAGGUGAAGUCGAUGAGGAAGAUGAUUCGGGUUAUGAAGGCGAACCAGAGAAGGAGAAUGAGAACAAUAAAAAUCUUGAUAACAAGGCAGUGCGUGCAUGGUAUAUUUUGAAAAGCACGUAA